AUGGUUAAUGGCACAUGCUCCAAAAGGUACCCGCGUCCCUUGUGCAAAGAAACACAAACUGCUGACGAUGGCUACCCCCAGUACCGCCGAAGGUCCCCUGCUGAUGGUGGUUUUACAAUCAACAUAAAGGGGGUAGACCUAGACAGUCGGUGGGUUGUGCCGUAUAAUCCUGUUCUGACACGUACCUUUCUAGCACAUAUUAACGUGGAGCUGUGUAAUUCUGUCAAGUCUAUAAAGUACAUUUGCAAAUAUGUAAACAAGGACAGUGAUCAAGCCGCUUUUAUUUUGGAAAAUGAGAGAGAUGAAGUGUCCAAUUAUGAAGCAGGCCUGUACAUCAGUAGUUCUGAAGCGGCAUGGCGUAUAUUUUGCUUCACAAUCCAUGAGCGAUAUCCUCCCGUAAUACAUUUAGCUGUACACCUUGAAAAUGUUAAAGGUCCUGCGAGCUUCGGUGUUCUUAAGAGGGUAUCUGGCAUUGUUCAUUCUACUUACAAGUCUGCGUGCAGAGCGUUAGGUUUACUUGAAGAUGACUAUCAUUGGGACAUCACUUUGGAAGAAGCUGCUGUGUCAGAGUCACCUAAACAAAUAAGAGAACUUUUCGCAGUAAUUUUGGUGUUGUGCCAAGUAUCGAACCCCUUGGUGCUCUGGGAGAAACACAAAGACAGUAUGUCAGAGGAUUUCAAGAGACGAUUAGAACGUGAACGUACAGGUGUACAACUUGAAUCAGACAACGUCUUUUACAACAAAUGCCUAUUCUCACUAGAACACUUGGUGACCCCAAUUUCUCAACAAACACUUGAGCAGUUCGGUCUUCCUUCUCCAAGUCCACUUUCCGACAGUUCUACAUUAAACCGUGAGCACUUAAAAGAACUGAGUUACAACAGUGUGCAUUUAUCUGAGUUUGUCACCGAAAACAUUCCAAAACUUAGCAAAGAUCAGAAAACAGUAUAUGAUGAAGUAAUGGUUAGCGUUGAGACGGAAGCUGGAAGACUGUUCUUUCUUGAAGCACCAGGUGGUACAGGAAAAACAUUUUUAAUCAAUUUAAUUCUGGCCACUGUUAGGAAAGAUAAGAACAUCGCUAUUGCCGUCGCUUCGUCAGGUAUAGCUGCGACGUUGUUGGAAGGAGGGAAGACGGCUCACUCUGCCUUCAAACUGCCUUUAUACUUAAACCACUCUGAAACCUCACUAUGUAAUAUAUCGAAACAAAGCGACAUAGCGGAGGUUCUCAAGAUGUGUAAACUGAUUAUUUGGGACGAGUGCACAAUGGCCCACAAGAGAGCAAUUGAAGCUUUAGAUAGGACUCUUCAGGACAUCAGAAGUAACAGAAAACUUAUGGGUGAAGUCACGCUUUUAAUGGCUGGAGACUUCGGACAGUCUUUGCCUGUUGUACCAAGAAGAACUCGAGCUGAUGAAGUAAAAGCCUGUGUGAAGAGAUCAUUUCUUUGGCCUAAAGUCCAAGUUUGUUCCUUGAAAAUCAAUAUGAGGGUUCAUCUUAAAGGCAGUUUAAAGGCAGGCGAGUUUUCAAGUUUACUUUUAGAGAUAGGUAAUGGAAAUUUGCCUGAAGAAAAUAGCGAAGUAAAUAUUCCAAAGGAUUUGUGUGAAGUAGUAUGUGAUUUGCAAAUAUUGAUUGAAAAAACUUAUGCAGAUUUAAAAAAUGUCGAAUUAAAAGACUUGUCUUGGUUUAAAGAAAGAGCUAUCCUUACACCUAAAAAUGACACUGCUGAAAGUAUUAAUAACCUAUUAUUGGAAAAACUGCCAUCUGAGAUUGUCCUUUACCAGUCGGUGGACUCUGUGGUGGAAAUAGAAGAUGCGGUAUACUACCCAGUAGAGUUCUUGCACACGCUUAAUCCUCCAGGCAUUCCACCACAUCAUCUUUACCUCAAAAUUGGAGCUCCAAUAAUGUUGCUUAGGAACCUAGUUCCACCUAAGCUUUGCAACGGAACUAGGCUACAAAUCAAAGCGUGGCGCAGACACGUCAUACAAGCCGUAAUAUACACUGGAUGUGGCCAGGGGGAAGAGGUUUUUAUCCCACGCAUUCCCUUAAUUCCAUCGGGAUUACCAUUUUUCAGUCUAAAAGACUACAGUUCCCUGUCAAACUCUGCUUUGCUAUGA